AUGCGGUUUUGUGGGAGUAUUCGUGGAAUGGGGAUUGCCGCGUUUGCCGGCCGCAGACGACGAUCUAUAGUUUGUUGUCACCGGAUGCACGCCACGGAGGGAAAGAACGCAUUGUCCUCACUGCACCUUGCAGAGGAAAAGGCACAACUUUUCUCGCGGCUUUCAGAGGCGUUAUUUGCGGAUGAGGCAGCCGCUCUUUCGCUGCGCCUCCCCGACACCGGCGAGUGUGAGGUGAGCGGUGCGGUUAAUGAGGCUGAGGCGCUGGAGGCACCGUCCUCGGCCGAGCACUGCAUGGAGGUUGCUCUUUCGCCCCCGCCGCUGUUGUCCUCCUCAAAAGGGAAUGAGGGAAAUGCUGAAGAAGGACCACGAGCAGACGCGGCAAUUUGCGACAGUCUGUCACCGAAUGCAUCUUUUUCUUGCGCCAUGGAUGAGCUUUCCAUGUGCCUUCACGGGAGUGAGUUUUCGACAGCCUUGGCAACGGCGGUGCGUGCUUUUAUGUCAAGUGACACUUCCGUCAUGAACCGCGCGGCCUCUGAGCUGAUACUUGCUGGGAGCGAUGUAAAGGCUCUUUUUUCUGAUGGCACGCUUCGUGGCGUUCGAAUGGAACAUAAAUGCAUGAGUCAAUGCGACUUUUCCACAAUGUCUUUUCUUUCUGUAGUUGCUACGGAUGUGGAUUUUUCCCGCAGUCUUUUCUAUGGUGUCAUCUUUCACGAUUGCAUGUUUGUUCGCUGCUGCUUUGACGGCUGUGUCUUGAAGGAAAUAUGUUGCUCGGGAAAUGUGCGUUUUGAGGAGUGUUCCUUCCGGUUUGCGAGUAUCGGAUUGCGUCUGUCACGUGGAGAAAAAAAGGCUUCUGUGAAGGUGUUGUUUGAUCGUGGCGAUUUUGAUUUGGCAGACUUUGACGGUAGUGAUCGGCUUCCUGCGAAGUGCUUCACAAACUGCUGCAACACCGACCUUGCCGCGAAAUUCCCCCUUAAAGCGUAUGAGGUGAUGUCUUGA